AUGCAUUCUCGUAAGGCAUCAAUAUCACACGUUAUGAACGAUAACCAAACUUCGGGUUCCGGUGGUUUUAGUCUCAAGAGUAUACUGUCUGAUGACGGUCCCGCUUCACACGCUCGCACACAGCAACACGCGUCUCUCUCUCAACAUUCACAGUCACCUCUACCACCACCGCAAUAUCACCAUGGUGCUGGUAAUAAUGGUGUUAAUGGUAACGCCGGUAAUACGGGUUAUGGUGGCACCUACUCAAGCGAACCUGCUGAGGCCGGUUCGAUCCUAUUAUCUCUGUCUAAUCCAAAUACCGCACCUCAACAGUCAACUUCUCAUUAUAAUAAUCAGUCAAGGGAUUAUUACCCUUCCAAAGAUAAUGAACAGCAAAUGUCCGACGUGGAGAUUGCUGCUACCAUUUCUUCUUUAUCAAACAUUUCAAAUAGUGUAAAAUCAAUUCCACAACAUCAAAGGCAGAGAGCAAAAAGUAAUUCAAUGUCCAUCGCCUCAUUACUGGGUGGUGAAGAACCUUCUUCCUCGGAUUCCGGGCGUUCGAUUCCAAAUGGAUCGUUGGUUAAUGAACCGUCGCAGCAAAGGUAUCAGCAACAGCAUCAAGAAUCAUAUCCCGAGGAGAUGAGAAAUGGUGAUAUACAUUCGCACCAUCAGAGUCAACAAAAUUUGGAUUGCGGUCAUUUUAACGGUUCAUCCAAUCACAAUAUUAGAAAGCAUACAAAGAAGUUAUCCGGUGGAUCGGCGUCUUUGGUCGUGAACACCACAAAGAUUCCGCAAAGGGAACCAAAAGGGAUUCAAAAGAAAAGUCCACAGAAACGUAGACCUUCUGACGCGGUUGAUUUCACUAAUACAAGACCCAAGGUACAUCGUAAUCCGGAACUAAAUCAUUUCUCACAUGGUCCUCCAACAACUUCCGGCGGUCCAAAAUUAACCGAGUUGAGGGAGCAUUUGGGUGAAGAGAGAUUCCCAAAUCGUAUACCAGCCGUACACAAUUAUUCCAUGGAAUGGGAUCGCGUACCUCAUUCACAUUCAUAUCAUCAAGCUCGAUCUUCUCAUAGUAUACCAAUACAGAACGAAAAUCGUUUUACAAUGGCAAAGAAUGUCAGUUCUCCUCCAAUGCAUGGCGAUUCACAAAAAUUAAAUGUUAAAAAUUUUUUAAUGGGUACCAAUGAAAGGCCGGGGAGCAAAACUUCUUCCCCACCUCCCCCUGGUCUACCCGUUCAUGUUCCUAAUGGUUACCCACACGGACACGGAGUUGGCGGAAUGGCCGGAGCUCAUGUGGAUAUCCCUCCGCAACUUUCGCAACAACCACCACCACAAAUUCCACCGAUACAAAAUGGAAUGCCAUCCAUAAGUGGACAGCAUAGUGCAUUCAGCAACCAGUUUUAUAAGAAAUAUCAAGAUAUGGUUCGUAAGCAUGAUCCGAAAUUAAAACGAAAUGCCACGCACGCUUAUAUCCCUUACAUGAUUUAUAAUCAAAUGGAAAACGGUAAAUGUAAAGAUGGCCAUUUGCAAUCACAAACUCCACCGCCGCAGAAUAAUAGCGUCAUGAACAGACAAAUCAUGCCAAACGGUUCACCGAUGAAUAAUGAUCAUGUAAUGGUGUCACAAGUUAAUGGGAGUAAUUUAUAUGGUUCUCGUGACGGUUAUCCUCCGAGUAAUUCGGGAUUUAUGCAUUCUUCCGAGGUUGCUGCCAAUUCAGGAGUUCAACAACGUAGGGUACCUGAUCCACCUACGCACCCGCAUUCAAAUGUUAAUGCAAUUUCAGGCUCACGUAAUGCGUCCCACGUUUACCCUAAUGGAGUUUCUCUAGUAGAACAACCACCACCACUACCACAUACACAACGACGUUUAACUGGUUCUUCUCACAACUCUCCACCAAUACAGUCAUCUGCGAACGUUCAACAUUCAUCAUCACAGAGACCAAACGUUUUAUCUUCAUUAUCAGAGCCAUCAAAUAGAACUUCAACACCAUCAACUUCAAGGUCUGCAGUAUCUCAAUCAAGUCAACCUCAACAUGUAUAUAUGCCGGCACCUCUUGACCCAUUAAGUUCACGAAAUCCACCCCAACCCACGUAUAUGCCAUCACCUCAUGAUCCAUUAUCUUCACGAAAUUCGUACGAUAAAACGCCGCCGGCGCCACCUGUAUACAUGUCGGGCUCUUCACGAAAUUCUUACAAUGCUAAAUCAUCAGCUCCUAUACCUCAAUCACCCGCGAUGAAUCCUUCACGACAAGGCCCACCUGCAAGUCAUUAUCAUAAUCAUACACCUUCACCCGGUCCGCCACAAAGUGGGUCAAAUCGUUUACCUGGAAUGUCUCCACACCAUAAUCAUAAUCUCCAUUCAGAACCUGUCUGUGCUCCAGUAAACGGCAAUCCAUCAAAUGUUUUGAGUCCACCAAGGAGGUUAUUAGAAUCACAAUCUCAGACAAAUGGGUAUGGGAAUAAUAACGGUCACUCGCAUCAUCUCCAUCCUCAUCUAGAUGUCCCUCCAUCAUCUCAAGUAUUGGGUCAAUCGAGUCUUGGCCAAAGAGGAACUUUUUAUUGA